AUGGACCCGGCUUCAAUAAUAGGCCUUGCUGGCGCUGUCGCAGGUCUCGCCGACGUCAUCGCCAGGACCGUUGUGACCCUAAGCGACCUUCGAAAUGCAUACAAUCAAUCGGAUUUCAGGCUCAGUGCCCUGAUAUGUCAGCUUGCGACUCUCAAGGCUUCUUUGAGUCAUAUAGCUGAGAUGGUGAACAAAUCUGAUGGCAACACACCAUCGCUGAGCUUACAGUUUUGUGAAGAUUUGAGGGUGUCAAUGUACGGCUGUGAAGCGAUGGUGAGUGCGUUGGAUACUUGUCUAGCAAAAUUCCAUCAAAACGAGACCAAUGGCUUGAGCAUCUUGGGCAAGAUUGAAGUUGUAUUGGAUGACUCAACGAUUGAUGAGUAUCUCAGUAUGCUAAACAAUCAAACAAAUGCACUUCAACUACUUCUGACGACGCUCCAAUGUCAGACAUCGCUAGCUAUUGACAAGAAGCUUCACGAGUCUAAUUCUCGACGGAUCAUUAACCAGGUCAGGGAUGAUACUUCAUCUCUGGUGUCUCUAUACGACACACUCUCCCUUGCGUCAACAAAAAGCACCGGAGCCCAAGCCGUCUCCCCCACCGCCCCCGUGUCUUUCUCAUUCGAUUCAGAAAUAGUUACAUCAAGAGUAUACCAAACGGCAAUGAGGUAUCAAUUGAGAGUAUCAGGAAAUGAUGAUAGGGCAGACGAAAGCGAUGUAGCAUCUUCGCGUCUUGGGAUCAACCGCCGAUUUUCUUUUUCAGUCCACAGUGAAAAGGCUUUUGACCUGGAAGAUUCACCAGUGGUCAAACCGGACGAAGGUGAUACAAACAUCAACUCGACGUCGAAAAUCGCCUCCUACCCAAGAUCAACCCGAAGGGGAACAACAAAAGUGUUACAAUCAACAGCAUCUCUACCACGGACUGACAAGUCGAAUGCUUCGAAAAGAAUUCUCCUUGUUGGCUCAUCGGAAAGUGGCAAGAGCACGUUGAUCAAAUCACUUGCUUGUGCAUUUGACCCUUUUGAUGAGCAGACACGCCAGACCUACAUUGAAAACAUAAUAGAGAUUUGUGUGGAGACAAUGCGCCUCCUUGUCAUCGAGACAGAUAUAGACAGAGUGGGAGGCGACUUUGGCCUGCAAAACGAAUGUCGGUUGUUGAUGGAAGACGGCAACGAUCGGCGAGACAAGCUGAAGAUGCGUGAGGAUGUGGCUGGAGCUAUUUCCUCCAUUUGGCAAAACCCAGAGAUGCAGAUGAGAUUCGAGCAUCGUCGCCAGCAUCAAGAAAUGUACUAUCUGCCAACAUCGUCGGAAUAUUUCCUCGACUCGGUCAGCCGGUUAGCAGAUCGCAACUAUCUACCCACGGAUAGUGAUAUUCUUCGCUCAUAUUGUAAGACUUCCGGGGUUUGCCCCUUCGAGUUCGCUUCAGCAGGCAGGUCGUACACUUUCUACGAUGUCGGGGGAGCCCGCUCCCAACGCCGAAAGUGGAUCGAAUUGUUUCCCAAGGCAGAUGUUUUUAUGUGGACGUUUGACAUUUGCUGUACCGGCGAGGUGUCUCAAGAUCAUGGAGGCGAUUCUAUGGAGGAACAAUUGGAGCUAUGGGAGUUCGUUGUCAAUCAUCACAGAAUUGAUUUCGAUGCCACCUUUGUUGUUAUCUUUACAAAGAUCGACAAGCUUACUCCAACGGUAAUAUCUCGUCUGCUAUCCAUGGAUUUUUUUCGGGGGUAUGAGAAAGAUCGGACGGAUGUCGACAUGGUCCUUGAUCACGCUGCAAAGAGGUUGGCAACGGCAAUGAAAGGCACAAGGAUAAAUGUUUCAUUCGGGCGUGCGAGCAUAGCGACUUCGACGACGAAGAUGGCUAUGGAAGCCAUGAGAACACUAGAGCAGCUUGAUUGA